AUAAACAACCACAGAACCACAAGUUGGGUAGCCUGGCAGUGUCAGAAGUCUGAGCCCGGCAUAGUGGUCAGCAAGCAGGACGAAUCACACUGACUGCAAACCACAGGGUUUUGCAGAGUUUUGAACAUCAUCAACCCACAGCCAAGACGCCGCUUUUUUUUUUUUUUUAAUCUUUACCAAUUUGAAUAUUCGUCUUCGCAAAGGUAAAAGAAAUCAUUGAAUCCCCCGCCUUCAGAAGAGGUACCUUUGCAGGAGGAAGCGAUGGCUUCAGACAGCAUAUUUGAGUCAUUUCCUUCAUACCCACAGUGCUUCAUGAGAGAAUGUGUACAUGGAAUGAAUCCAUCUAGAGACGUUCACGAUGCCAGCACGAGCCGCCGCUUCACGCCGCCUUCCACCGCGCUGAGCCCGGGCAAGAUGAGCGAGGCGCUGCCGCUGGGCGCCCCGGACGCCGGCGCCGCCCUGGCCGGCAAGCUGAGGAGCGGCGACCGCAGCAUGGUGGAGGUGCUGGCCGACCACCCGGGCGAGCUGGUGCGCACCGACAGCCCCAACUUCCUGUGCUCUGUGCUGCCCACGCACUGGCGUUGCAACAAGACCCUGCCCAUCGCUUUCAAGGUGGUGGCACUGGGGGACGUUCCAGAUGGCACUCUGGUCACUGUGAUGGCAGGCAAUGAUGAAAACUACUCAGCCGAACUGAGAAAUGCAACAGCGGCCAUGAAAAACCAAGUCGCGAGAUUCAAUGACCUCAGGUUUGUCGGUCGGAGUGGAAGAGGAAAGAGCUUCACUCUGACCAUCACCGUCUUCACAAACCCACCACAAGUCGCCACCUACCACAGAGCCAUCAAAAUCACAGUGGACGGACCCCGAGAACCUCGAAGACAUCGUCAGAAACUAGAUGAUCAGACCAAGCCCGGGAGCUUGUCCUUUUCCGAGCGGCUCAGUGAACUGGAGCAGCUGCGGCGCACGGCCAUGAGGGUCAGCCCACACCAUCCGGCCCCUACACCCAACCCUCGGGCCUCCACUGCCUUUAACCCUCAGCCUCAGAGUCAGAUGCAGGAUACAAGGCAGAUCCAGCCGUCCCCACCAUGGUCCUACGAGCAGUCCUACCAGUACCUGGGACCCAUUGCCUCUCCUUCUGUCCACCCAGCAACACCCAUCUCGCCUGGACGGGCCAGCGGCAUGACAACCCUCUCUGCAGAGCUUUCCAGUCGACUCUCAACCGCGCCCGACCUAACGGCCUUCGGCGACCCACGCCAAUUUCCCACGCUGCCCUCCAUCUCCGACCCCCGCAUGCACUACCCCGGCGCCUUCACCUACUCCCCGACGCCCGUCACGUCGGGCAUCGGCAUCGGCAUGUCGGCCAUGAGCUCGGCCACGCGCUACCACACGUACCUGCCGCCGCCCUACCCCGGCUCGUCGCAGGCGCAGGGCAGCCCGUUCCAGGCCAGCUCGCCGUCCUACCACCUGUACUACGGCGCGUCAGCCGGCUCCUACCAGUUCUCCAUGGUGGGCGGCGAGCGGUCGCCGCCGCGCAUUCUGCCGCCCUGCACCAACGCCUCCACCGGCUCGGCGCUGCUCAACCCCAGCCUCCCGAACCAGAGCGACGUGGUGGAAGCCGAGGGCAGCCACAGCAACUCCCCAACCAACAUGGCGCCCGCCGCGCGCCUCGAGGAGGCCGUGUGGCGACCCUACUGAGGCUGCGCACGCGCUCUCCGUGCGUCCGGGCGUCGUCCCGGAAGCACCUCCUUCGGGCUCCGGUCUCGUGUGCUCGGGAAACCCGCGUGGGCCCGGCCGCCGGCCCUGGGGAGCGCGCCGCUGCCAACUAUGGUGAUGUCACUCCGGGCGGGGCCUCGGGGCCGCCUGUGCUUCUCAAGUCCGUGCAGUUCACAAUUGCCAUUGGCCCAUCUCAGAUUUUUCUAACCUGAUGCAACUUGAGGGUGUCCGCUUCACCACACCGUGGACACGCUGUAAGGCAAACAGAAAGAUUCCCAGAGGGAAACUGUGAAUGCUUCUGAUUUAGCAAUGCUGUGAAUAAAAGAAAGAUUUUAUACCCUUGA